AUGGAGGAGGAGGAGGCUGUACUGUCUCCCAGGGCUAACAGCACUGAGUGCAGCAUCGGGGCUAACUGGACAGGCUCCCCCGUGUGUUGGCUGCAAGUGUCUGGGGGUGGCCCAGAGGUAGUGAUUGUGCCUGUGCUCUUCGGGCUGAUCUUCCUGCUGGGCAUGGUGGGGAACACACUGGUGUUAGUGGUGCUGGGGCGAAUCCGAUCCGAGGGACGCCCUUCACGCAGCGCCACCAACAUCUUCAUCCUCAACUUGAGCAUUGCCGAUUUCUCAUUCCUGCUCUUCUGCGUCCCCUUCCAAGCCACCAUCUACUCCCUGCCAGAGUGGGUUUUCGGCGCCUUCUUCUGCAAGUGGGUUCAUUACCUGGCCAUGGCCACCAUGCUCGUCAGCAUCUUCACCCUAGUGGCCAUGUCUGUGGACAGAUACAUCGCCGUGGUGCACGCCAAGCGCUCGCCCUGCAUCCGCAGCAAACGCAAUGCCUCCCUGGGUGUGGGCAUCAUCUGGCUGCUGUCGCUGCUCAUUGCCAUCCCCGUGGCCCAGCACCAGGCCCUCAUGAGUGGCCACCAGCAGGCACCCAACAGCUCCUUCUGCUGGGAGCAGUGGGCUGAUGAUUCAGCUGCCAAGCAAACCUACAAGGUGACCAUCCUGGUGACGGGGUACCUGCUGCCCCUGGUGCUCAUUACCUGCUGCUAUGCCAAGGUUUUAUAUCAUCUUCAUAAAAAAGUGAAGAACAUUUCCAAGAAGUCGGAGAGAUCAAAGAAAAAGACAGCGCAGACAGUGCUACUCGUGGUUGCUGUAUUCUUGAUUUCCUGGCUGCCGCACCACAUCAUCACCAUGUGGGCAGAGUUUGGUCAGUUUCCCCUGAACAACAUCUCCUUCACUUUUCGCAUCAUCUCUCACUGCUUAGCCUACGGGAACUCUUGCAUUAACCCCAUCAUCUAUGCUUUCCUCUCGGAGAACUUCCGCAAAGCCUGCCGGCAAGUCUUCACCUGCAAGUUCCUCCUGCAGCCAGCUCCGGCUGAGAAGCUUGUGAGAAUACGCAUGGAGAACUUUUCUACCACCCACUCAACGACUAAUGUGUGA